AUGGAGUGCAAGUUGGUGACAUUUUCUUCUUUAGGCUUGAGUUGUGUGUUGUGGGUUUACAUGGAGAAAACACAAGGUGAGAUUGAUUUUCUUACAGGGAGUCUUAGUUCUAAUGGUGAGCCAAUUGCUACUAGUGUGAUUGUUUCAGGUGGAUAUGAAGAUGAUGACGAUCAAGGAGAUGUGAUUAUAUAUACAGAUCAUGGUGGGCAAGAUAAGAUUGGUAGGCAAGCUAAACAUCAUAAGCUAGAAGGUGAGAAUCUUAGUUUGUCAAGGAGUAGGUAUUAA